CUGAAUCCUGCGCAAUUUGUUCCUAACAGACCCAAUCGCGUCUGGAAGUCUUGAUGACCGCUGGCAUGAGCAAAAUUGUGGAGAGGACGUUCGUUUCCCGGGGCUAGGCGUCCUGAUGCCGGCGCAAUUCUGCCCAUCGCUGCCUCCUCUUUGAUUUUGCUCCGACCCACGAUCUCGUCUCUUACCGUACAACUGUUUGCUCUGCGGAGCUGUCCACUCCUUUGGCCGCACAUCCUUUUCCUUGCUCCCCCGUCGUUGUCUCAUCGUCCCCAAUUUCCUAUCUGAUACCCACUAGCAAUCCACUUGAAACGCGAUGCCGAGCUUGCUCAUGAGAUCCAAGUCACUCCGGCUUCUGAAGGGAGGUCGGAGGGGCAUUCAGCAAGAGGACGACCAAAUCCAGAACUCUAUUCCACAACCGAUCGCUUUUCCGACAGACUUUGACAGGUUCAAGUCAGCUACACCAGCGCCUAGGGCUGAAAGAACACUUGAAGCACCCGAGAUGGUGGCCCGGCCAAAUACGUCAGGUGGACCGGGAGAACGCGCGAUACAAUUUCACAAGAAAACACUUCCCGCGCCGUCUGUCUAUUCGGAAGACAGGUUCCUGGCUUUCUCCUCCCCCACAAACUCGAGCGCUGUAUUGCAUGCUGUAGAGAGCCCCGUGGACGUUAUUGGGAUUGCGCUCGGCAGCCCUACCGUUGGCUCGCAUUGGACGUCCACACCUCAGGCUACCACCGAGAAUCUCAUUGCCAACGCCCAGAUGUCGUUACAGGGCCAUGCGAAUGCGUCGACGACCACUAUUACAGGACCUCAGACGCAGCCCAAACCCAAGAUUAGCCGAUGGAAGUCAUUGUUCAGAAAAACAGCACCGCCGCCAAAGGAGAAACCUGCUUUCUACCAACUUGCACAACAGGCAACUCCGGCACGUGCAGAUAGUCACCAUGAUACUUCGCCGAAAUCGAAAUCAAGGCCCAAGCUGAAGACAGAAGGAGGCGUAACAUUACCGGUAUCAGUUUACAACCCAGAACUAAGACCCUCUCGCAACAAGUCGCAAGAGAACGUAUCAACGCCGGAGACUCAGCAUGGAAGGAAACGCUCAGCAACACUCGAUGGCGGCCGUUCUGCACCCCGCUACCGUUUUCAGCGAUCCGCUACAACCCCGAACCCACCACAAGCCAGUUCGAAAACACCUGACCUAAAAUUUCUGGAAGCCCCACCUGUAGUAGGGGCUGGACUAUUGGACGUGGACAUACCUGACACCAAAUUGGACAGAUACAGCGUUAUGUUCAGUGGUGUAUUGGAACCCACGCCAAACAGAUCUUCAUUGUAUCAGCGGCGGCAGGAGAAGGCAGACAAUGCAAAAGUCAAGCCGUUGGACAACAUUUCGAUCAAGGAUGAGAUAGAAAGCUUACCAGAGCCUAAAAUACAGCAACAAAAGACGUCUCCUACAGCAUCGAACCCUCCAUCGGCACGGCUAUCAUUAUUUCCUGCGACUGGACGUGCUACACCAACGUUACGCGCGGGUACACCAACCUUACGUGCGGGUACACCCGUAUCAAGAGCACCAUCGCCGCUAGUCUCGAAUCCACCACGCGUGACAACGAAGACCGCAUUGAUGACAUCACCGACACAACAAACAUCAAAGGCAACAGAAGAGAGCAAGAGCAAGCCACCAUCUACCAGCGUCACCCGCCAGUAUGCCGAGCCAUCUAAUCCGAAACUACCCCAGCCAUCACUCACACCUACUUCGAUCCGCAGUUUUGACAGCUCUGAUAACGAAUCUAUCACGAUCGUUGUAGGUCGCACCACUCCAGCUGAAGCAAAAGCAUGGAAGGCCCACGUCGAAUCUCAAGAACCCGAUUGGGAGAUCCUCCCCAAGCCUAGGUCAGCAUCGGCAUCCGCAAAUCGCUCCACGUACAUCGAACGCUCUCUCUCUCGCAAGCAACCCCGCGUAACGGCUGCCUCAGCUCUGUCUUCACAUCCCUCCAGCACACCUAUCGAAGUCUCCUCGCCACUGCAGAACCUGCAAAUGCUUCUAUCACCACCACUCUCCGCCGAGCCCUUUGAGGAAGAUGUAGUUGCAAAGCCCGUCGUUCGACGCACAAAUAGCCAGCGUAGGGCGAAUGUGAUCGGGGUUGGCACACAGACAGCAACGGUGGGGAUUGCCAGAAGUGUAAGCGUGAGCAAGGCGACGAGGCCAAGGACAUUGAUCAGAACGCCGACCGAUCUGUCAAAAGGCAUGCAGGAUCCUGGGAAGAGAAUGGGUGACAGACUGGGCGACGGAAUGGCCCUUACGCCUACCUUGGUGGAAAUCGGAAAUCGUAAGAGUCAACGUGUGCAAUUAGUGGAUGCUUGAGUUGCUAUUCUUUCUCCUGCCUCUUUGGCCUCGGCAUCCACGUCGAUCGUGUGGCCCACGGCUAUUUCUUUCCUUUUCAAUUCACGCUUCUUGGGCAGGUAGAUCCUGCUCCACUUUUAGGGAAGAAUUCGCGCGGAGUUGGUCUUUUGAGACCGGUGCAUCUUGAGUUUUGGGGCAUCGUUCAUGCCAGUGGUUAUCCAGCGAGGCGCUUCACCUCACGUUUGGAGGACAGGUACAAGCUCUUUUUUAAGCCGGGUUUGAUA